UCUCUGGAUUGACUGCAGCCACCGUCAGAUCAGUCGCAGAAGGAGAACUCGCCGUCGAGGAGGGAGAUCCAAAGCUGUCGAAAUCCGUCGAGUCCGUUGAACGGGAGAAUGGAGGAUUUGAGCGACGAUACGACCGUGUUCUCCAUGCUGAAGUCGUUCAAGAGCUCCAUGGCGCGGCCCGAACGCUCGCAGUCACAGCCUACUACCUAUGGAUCUGGCAGCGACUUGGGCAAACUAUACACACAUAAGAUGGAGAUGGAGGAGUCAGCGAAGCGCAUCCACUCCCACACCAGCCUGUUGCAGCUCUCUCAGGAGAAACAGCAGAUGGAGCUGAGCCACAAGAGAGCUCGCAUAGAGCUGGAGACCAUAGCCCACAGUAGCUCCAGAGACCUGCAGCGUGAGGUGGAUAAGAACCAGGACCUUCAGAUGCGGAUUCGUCGUCUGGAGGAGAAGGAGGCGGAGACUGGGCGGAGCCUAACAGAGCAGGUGGAGUCAAACAAGCAGCUGAAGCUGAAGAUCGACCAGCUGCAGAAACACCUGGAGGAGAAGGACAACUUAAUAACACAGGCCAACCAGACUGCCGCUUGUCUAAAAGAUGAGCAGAGAGAUUUGAAACAGCAGCUUCAAACUCAGCAGUGCAAAGUCAACACCUUGAACCUGGACAAAGACUCACUACAGGACCAGCUAGACCACCUGCGCAAGAAGUUCCAGGAAGCCAGUCAACGGCUGCAGAACGUCCAAGCUUCCGAGACAUCCAAUGAGGAGGGCCUGCUCAAGAUCAGGGAGCUGGAGCGGCGGUUGGCCAUGCAGGAGCAGGACUCUCUGAUCGUGCGGAACAUGAAGGGCGAGGUGGCCCGGGUUCCGGAACUGGAGAGAGAACUCAAGCGCCUCCGUGAGGACAACGCCUACCUCAGAGAGACCCGUGAAAAUAGCUGUCUGCUGAAGGAGGAGGUGGAAGGACUGAGGAAGAAGCUGGAACGCAUGGAGCAGACCAGGGAGGAGCUACUCAACAUGGAGCUGCAGAAAGAGAAACUUGUGGCGAAGCUUCAGGCCUGGGAACAUCUUGGACAGAACACUGGUCUCAAUAUCAGGAAGCCUGAAGAUCUCUCCAGAGAAGUGAUUGACAUUCAGCAGCGAGAGAUCAUCCUGAAGCAAGACAACUACAAACUAUCCAGCAGCCAUCGGUCUCUGGAACGUUCCUGUGCAGAUCUGCGUUCAGAGCUUUUGAGCUUGAGGACGAAGUCUUUGGAGGACCACAAGAAAAAAGACACUCAGGACGCCCUGGUGCGCCGCCUUCAGAAGAGAGUCUUACUGCUCACCAAGGAGAGAGAUGGCAUGAGGGCUAUCCUGGAGUCCUAUGACAGUGAGUUGGCCAGUUCAGAGUACUCACCCCAGCUGACCCGCAGACUGAAGGAGGCUGAGGAGCUUCUACAGAGAGUCCAGACCUACAACACAGACAUGGAGGCUCAAAUCUCUAAAGCUCUAGAUGAAGCUGCAUCCUUUAAACUUCAAGCACAAACGGCCGUGCUGGAGCUGGACUCUCUGAAGCAGCAGCAGGCCUCGGCCUCUGAGGGGAACACCCCGGCAACCAAUGAGGAGGUGCAGGUCCUCAGGCUGAAAGUGGAGGAACUGGAGUCUGAGCGCCAGCGUCUAGAAGAGCAGAACAACAUCCUGGAGAUGAGACUGGAGAGACACAACCUACAGGGCGAUUACGACCCGGUGAAGACCAAGGUGCUCCACCUGCGCUUCAACCCCACCAGCGUUGCCAAGCAACAGCGGCAGGAGGAGGCGGAGCAGCUGAGGGAGGAGCUUAACCAACUCCGAGAGCUGCUGCGCUCGGGAGCCAUGGCAACCAGCGACACCCCGCUCAACAUCCCGCCCACACAGGAAGUACUUGACCUGCGUAAGGCGGUGGAGAGUGCGGAGCUGAAGAACCUGCGGCUGAAGGAAGUGUUCCAACGCAAGAUCCAGGAGUUCCGCACCGCCUGCUACGUGCUCACGGGGUUCCAGAUCGACAUCACCACCGAGAACCAGUACCGCCUCACGUCCGUCUACGCCGAGCACAUGGACGACUCACUCCUCUUCAAGGCUAGUGGGGCGGUGGGCAGUGGCAGUAUGAAUCUGCUGGAGUCGGACUUCUCCCGUAGCCUGCAGGAGAUGGUGGAGCUGCACCUGUUCCACCAGAAGAGCAUCCCGGCCUUCCUCAGUGCCGUCACACUCGAGCUGUUUAGCAGACAGACCACCGUCUAACACACACACACACACACACACAGUGGAGCUGCACCUGUUCCACCAGAAGAGCAUCCCGGCCUUCCUCAGCGCCGUCACACUCGAGCUGUUUAGCAGACAGACCACCGUCUGACACACACACACACACACACACACACACACACACACACACACACACAGUGGAGCUGCACCUGUUCCACCAGAAGAGCAUCCCGGCCUUCCUCAGCGCCGUCACACUCGAGCUGUUUAGCAGACAGACCACCGUCUAACACACACACACACACACACAUACACACACACACACACACACACACACACACAGUGGAGCUGCACCUGUUCCACCAGAAGAGCAUCCCGGCCUUCCUCAGCGCCGUCACACUCGAGCUGUUUAGCAGACAGACCACCGUCUAACACACACACACACACACACACACACACACACACAGUGGAGCUGCACCUGUUCCACCAGAAGAGCAUCCCGGCCUUCCUCAGCGCCGUCACACUCGAGCUGUUUAGCAGACAGACCACCGUCUAACACACACACACACACACACACACACACACACACACACACACACACACACACACACACACACACACACACACACACACACACACACACACACACACACACAGUGGAGCUGCACCUGUUCCACCAGAAGAGCAUCCCGGCCUUCCUCAGCGCCGUCACACUCGAGCUGUUUAGCAGACAGACCACCGUCUGACACACACACACACACACACACACACACACACACACAGUGGAGCAGCACCUCUUCCACCAGACCACUGUCUAAUACACACACACACACACACACAGGGUAUCAUGGUUGCUGUUGUUUCUGGGCUUGAUUGUGUUAUGUUUUUCUUUCUUUAAUUAGUAUGAUGAGACUUGGAAUAGUGUGUGUCAGUGAGACUUCAUAGACUUGUGAACAUGAGCGUGUGUGUGUGUGUGUGUGUGUGUGUGUGUGUGUGUGUGUGUGUGUGUGAGAGAGAGAGAGAGUAAUAGGACUUCAUAGACUUGUCAACAUGAACUACAACAUGAUAAUAAAA